AUGAAAGUUGUAUUGGCCUAUAAAUUUGUAUACCCGUCGCUGUCCUACGGAGGCAUAUAUCAGGGCCGGUAUCUGUUGGGCACAUCCCUGUGUCGGCCCUGCAUUUCCAAAGGUAUCGUUAAAGUAGCAAAUGAAGAGAAUGCACAAUACAUAGCCCACGGGGCGACCGGCAAAGGCAACGAUCAAAUCCGGUUUGAAUUAUCAUGUGUGUCUCUCAACUCUACAAUCAAAUGUAUAACUCCGUGGAGAAUGAGUUCAUUCUAUAAUCGAUUUCAAGGAAGACUCGAUCUCAUAGAAUACGCUAAAACAAAUGGCUUCAAAGUGGGCGCCACACCCGACAAGCCCUACAGUACUGACGCCAAUAUUAUGCACAUUAGCUUUGAAUCGGGCGUUUUGGAGGACCCGUUACAUCCGCCCAUCGAUGACAUCUUUGAAUCGGGCGUUUUGGAGGACCCGUUACAUCCGCCCAUCGAUGACAUGUAUUUAAUGACCGCAAACCCCAGCGAAUGGCCGAACGAAGCCGAAGACAUUAAGAUUACAUUUGAAAAAGGAUUGCCGAAAGCCGUUGAAAAUUUGUAUACAAAAGUCAAAGUCGAAAAACCGGUUGAGAUUCUUCAGUAUCUGAACAAAUUGGGCGGAAAGCAUGGAAUCGGCAGAAUUGAUAUCGUUGAGGACCGGUAUAUAGGAAUGAAAUCUCGCGGAGUAUACGAGACUCCCGGCGCAACUAUUCUGUGGACAGCUAUCAGAGACUUGGAGUUACUUUGUUUGGAUCGGGAAGUAAACAAAAUACGGGCCAAAUUGGCGCAAGAAUUUGCUGAAAAAGUGUAUUACGGUUUGUGGUAUUCGCCGGAAUGCGAUUACAUGCGGGCGUGUCUCAAAUUGAGCCAAACUCUGGUCAAUGGUUUCGUUAUUAUCCGACUUUUCAAAGGAAAUGCGUUUAUUAGAGGACGAAAAGCUGUCAAUUCGCUAUACGAUCAGCAACUCGUCAGUAUGGACAUUCAGGGAGACUUCACGCCCAGUAAUGCCGAUGGAUUUAUCAAGACAUCAGCUAUUCGUUUGACUGCAUUCAACAAUAUCUAUAAACAAACCAUAAUCGGGAUCAUAUUAGCCCUAUUCAUAUGCAUGGGCUAUGCAUUCCGAUCGCUUCGGUACACAUUCUGGCGCUUGGCUUUAGCGUUAAUCGCGUGUAUAAUAAUCUACUACUUCUACAGAGUAUUUAACGCCUAUUACAAGAAAAUGAACAAAAUUCACAAUCAGUUUGGCAUCUAUUAUAUGAACGCAAACCUAAACAAUAGAUUCGGUGAGCAAUCGAUCAGCGAAUCGAUGGCUCGUAACACAAGUCACGACAGAAGGCAAACACAAUCGCAAGCACAGCCACAACAACAACAACAGGAGAUGCAAUCAUCUGAUUUGUUUCACAUCAUUAAUAACUACGAACUCUUUAACACUAUAUUCAAUCACAAUCCAAACGCCAGUCAUUUUCUGCCCACAAAUGGAUUAAUCAAUUACAGAAACUACACGACCGACAGACAGAGCACUCACACCACCCGUGGCGGACACAACUACCCGCCGCCCACACCUCCCCCGUCGUACGAACACAUCAUACAAAUGAACGGUUUGCCCAAUUAUCACGAUGCUAUUCAACAACAGCAAAGUCAAUCCAAAGUAAUCAGUUAGUGAC